UUUUUUUUCGAGCCCUGCAAGGGAGGCGUGGAGCUCUCACUUUUGACAUUCUCUCUGCGGUAGCUUCUCCUCAAGGCAGACGAGCGAACUCUUAUGACAUCACCCAGCCGCGGAAUGGGGGAGAAGGGAAGAGCUCUCUGCGGAUGAACGAGGUUUUGAAUCAAGUGGACGUGUUUGGGCAUAUCAAUUGAAUUCGUGCAAUGGAAAAGUUAUAAAUGUUGACCAUAUCUUCAAAAAGAUUCAGUGGAAAUACUUUGCCUUAAAAACAGCGGAGUUACCUAAACUACUUCGCCAAAAGGUCACUGAAUAUCAACGAAUGUUAGAGGAGAAAUGUAAAACUAUUGCAGCGUAUGUUCCUGCGCAUUGUGUCUAGCCUUCUGUUUUCUGGAAUAGGGCGUAAAGGAAGCAGAGGAGAGACGGAUUUCUCGACCUGAUUUCUCGCCUAUGGACGACAGCGGUCCCCUCUCUCCAAAAGCAAAUGCUUUCAGUAUAGCCUCUCUGAUUUCAGCUGCGGAACAAGCAGGAAACGCAAGAUUUGACAAACACCGCACUGGCCUGGACAAGCAAAACCAGCACAACUGUUACACUUCGUUUAAAAUGCACUACAGCACUGUCACCAGAGAAAUGGAAGCAAUAUCCAGUCCGUGGCUGACGCAGCUGUCCCAUUUUUGCGAUGUUGCAGCCUUCACGACCAGCAGCCUAAGCAGCCUCAACGCACCGGGGAGUUACCAUCUCUCUCCGUCCCCCGGGGACCCCUACAGCCAACAUGACACCCACUUUGAGUCAUGCCCGGCCGCUCAACACAGCUACAACUACUCGGGGUCGAACCCAGCACAGGCCCAGCAGAGCGACACCGGGUCUUCCAACUGUUCCUCGUCGUCCCCCAGUUCCACACCAAACAGCAAGUCUCUGGUGAAAAAGAACCCUAAGGUGGCCAACAUUAACGUUCAGUUGGAGAUGAAAGCUUUAUGGGAUGAAUUUAAUCACCUGGGAACGGAGAUGAUAGUUACUAAGGCUGGAAGGCGAAUGUUUCCAACAUUUCAAGUGAAAAUAUUUGGAAUGGAUCCUAUGGCAGACUACAUGCUGCUAAUGGAUUUCCUACCAGUCGACGACAAACGAUACAGGUAUGCUUUUCACAGCUCCUCCUGGCUGGUGGCGGGUAAAGCUGACCCUGCUACUCCCGGGAGAGUUCACUACCACCCGGACUCUCCCGCCAAGGGCGCACAGUGGAUGAAGCAGAUAGUCUCAUUCGAUAAACUAAAACUGACUAACAAUUUACUGGAUGACAAUGGACAUAUCAUUCUGAACUCAAUGCACAGAUACCAGCCGAGAUUCCACGUCGUCUACGUGGACCCACGCAAAGACAGUGAGAAGUAUGCGGAGGAGAAUUAUAAGACCUUUGUUUUUGAGGAAACACGGUUCACGGCGGUCACAGCGUACCAGAACCACAGGAUAACGCAGCUAAAAAUCGCCAGUAAUCCUUUCGCAAAAGGCUUCAGGGACUGUGAUCCAGAGGACUGGCCCAGGAAUCACAGGCCAGGCUCUCUGCCAAUUAUGAGUGCCUUUGCCAGAACAAGGAAUCCAAUGUCUUCUCCCCCACUUCAGAACGGCUCAGAGAAAGAGGACAAUAGGCGGGACUACGACCGGGACCCCAAUGGCACGCCAAUACACGCUGACCCCGCCCACCAGCUGAUGUCACGUGUCCUCAGCCCUGCCCUCCCCGUCCAAGGAGGCCUCCACGCCGUCCCCCUCACCAGUGGCCGGCCAAGCCCUCCCCACGACCUGCGUAUCCCGGACGGCCACCCACUGGCCCAAGACACCCUGCACCACCACCCCUACAAGUACCCCACAUCCUACGAACACUACCUGGGGGCUAAGACCCGGCCGUCACCCUACCCCUUACCCGGCAUCAGAGGACACACGUACCACCACCACAUGAACCCAGCCACAGCUAACAUGUACUCCACAACUAGUGCCCCCGCUAACUAUGACUACGGUCCCAGAUAAUGACUGUAUAGCUGUAGCCGGCAGCCACGGCCCACACACCUGGGCUUCGGCUACUAGCUAGCGCUGUGGAAAAGGAAACACGCAGGAGUGGAGGGACAACAACACAACUCUGUCUUCAUGGCUGAUGCAACGUCAGGAGGUUAGAAGGUUGGGAGGUUGUGCAGCACACCCGGUUGCUGGAUACCCCAUUCCCUCAGAGAGACAAAAACUACCGUAUUUAUUUAAGGGAAACGUAUCUUGGCAGGAAGUACAGACUGGCCCUCUGAGACUGAGCAGGGGUCUGUCUUGACCUCUGAACUUUGACAGCAAUAGCUCUACAUGAGGGCACCUUUUUGCCUGCGUGGUAGAGCGGCGCAGACAGUGAGCCAGCUUACAGAGGAAACAGCUUAACCGGGGCCUUCUCUUAAAACAUGGAUGAUGCAUUAUAUUCGGACUGGAAUUGAUUCUUUUUUUUGUGUUGGAUGCACUUUUUGUCAUUUUUGCUUUCAGAAAAGCCAUAUGUUAUAUAGUCAAUCAAGCUUCCAUAGAUAGACCAGACAUUUGCAUGUUGAGCUCAUUGGAUAGGUGUUGAAACACCUAAUUGUUUUUUAGAAGAAAAAAAUAUUUUUUAACCAUCUUGAGAUGCCGCCCUGAGAAGAUUGUACCAUGGCACUGACUUGCAACAAUUCAAAGUCAAUAACGAAGCAGAAUGACUGUUCUGUAACUGUAAAAUAAAUAUGAAAUUCUUUACUUUGAAUUCAUAAAGCAUCUUUCUCCCAGUUCUCCAUUCAAAUCCCUGUGUGCUAUCAUAGGGCCAGGAAAGACCUUGCCUCAUUGAUUGCAUUGUUCUGUUUUCUCAAGCCGCAUUUACCCAGUGGUUGAUAGUGUUAAGUCAGUGUAUAUGUGAGAAAUAGGACUAGGAACCUGUCUAAACAUUAGGUUGUGCACUGAUAUGCUACAGUUCAAAUGUCAGCAUCCACACCUGGAACACCAGAAUUAUUAAAUGGUGUGUUGCAUAGAGGAAUCAUGCUAAACACACACAUAGUUGCACAGUAAUUUGGCAGAUGUCUAGGAUCAUACUUCAAAAAGUAAAUACACACAUGGAAAGGCCAAAGUCAUUAAUUGUGUGUGUGUGUAGGCAAAUAACUGAAUAGCAUGAACAUAUUUUUUCCCUCUUACAACUGGGCAUGCUAUUGAGCAACCUAGUAAAUAAUCUGCCAAUAGCAACAACAUCUGAUACUCAAUCAAUACAUUCUAUCCAUCCCAUUCUAUUAAAUCAAACCUUAUUUAUUUUUUCUGAAACAAAAUCUAACUAUUUUUCCUGUGUAUAUGCUAUUUGUAGGUGGGGUUAUUUCAGCAACCUAUUAGUAUUUUUUUAUAUUAUUUUAUAUUUUUAUUAUCAAAAUAAUAUUUUUAAAAAAUGUGUAGGCUAUAAAACAAAAUAGUUUUGCUGACAGAUUUGUCAACUGGUUUAGACAAAGAUAUAAGUCAAUUUGUGCCAUUGCAACAAUUAAAUUAUGAGAAAACAAAAUACU